CCUCAACCAGCGCCUAUCUCCCCCAAUACCACCGACCAUGAAGUUCCUCACUCUUGCUGCUCUUGCCGUCAGUGUCGCGGCUCAGGCAUUGCCUGGCUCUGAAGUCUCUGAAAUUGAACAAACUGAACCCAUCCACGGCCGCAUAUUGGAUGGAUUUGCCAUUGUGAAGCGCAACAAGUGUGAAAAGGCUUUUACUGGCUGCCUUAAGUCGCAGGUUGGCACCCAUGCCUGCCAAUGUGAUCAAGGCAAAGUUAUCGCCUGCCAACCUGAUGUUACCUACGGCUACCUCUGGCACACUCUCAAAGACUGCCCCAAGCCCAAGCACGGCGGUCUUCAGUGCAUCAAUGGCAAAUGUAACAACUAG